AUCGUAGCCUACUCGGUACAACUUCGGCUACUAUUCGCAAUGUUUGAAAUUCGGUGGGAAAAAAAAUGGAUGGCGAAUAAAUGAAAGAAUGAAAUAUUGACAAUAUGGCUUGCGAAUUGCAAAUCAAAUUUGCAAAUAAAUGAUAGUGUUAUUAGGUUUUAAUGUGUUUUAAUACUGUAUGAAAUCAAGCCGUCCGCUGGGUGAUGAAUAAGUGAAUGGAGUUUUGGAAUGAGUGAAAAAAGAGCUAGGAAUGUCUCAACAGCUAUAAUCAGUGGAUCAUUUAGUGGAACAACAUCCACAUUACUACUGCAACCUCUCGACCUCCUCAAAACUAGAAUACAAAUCGAUUCACGUAACAGGCAUGACGUUUUGAGGGAAACAUUCAAGGAAGUUUUAAAAAAUGAAAAAGUCAUUGGGUUAUGGAAGGGAACUAUACCAUCACUCUAUCGUACAGUUCCUGGAGUUGGAUUAUAUUACGGUUGUCUACAUCUGCUUGAUGGGAGACUCAGAGAGAAACCAAGUAGUGUGAAAAGAUUUGCAUUGGGUGCAUCUGCAAGAGGUUUUGUUGUGCUUUGUCUUAUGCCAAUCAAUGUUAUCAAAAUAAGAUUUGAGAGUGGUAAAUACCAUUACAAGACAGUCCCAAAAGCAUUUACUUACAUUUGGUCAACCGAAGGUGUUCGAGGUUUAUACCGUGGAAGUUUUACAACAAUUAUACGCGACGCCCCAUUUUCUGGUGCCUAUUUGAUGUUUUAUGGUCGCAUCAAAGAAAUUGUCAAACAAAGUCUUGGAAAAGAAAAGCUGAGCUCCCCAUCCAUUGCAAUAUGUGGACUAACAUCAGGGAUAUUUGCAUCCCUUCUCACUCACCCUGCAGAUGUUGUUAAAACAUUGAUACAAGCAAGCUCGGAACCUUAUAAGAUUACUGCUAUAAUCAAAAAUAUUUUCAAGAACAAUGGUUUGCAGGGAUUUUUUAAAGGUUUUGUUCCACGAGCAUUAAGAAGAACAUUGAUAUCAGCAAUGUCCUGGACAGUUUAUGAAAAGAUAAUGUCUAUAGUGGGAGUCAAGUGAUGUGUUUACCAGGAAGGGGUCAUUCAACUAUGUGGCUUCAAAAAAGUUCCAGUUAUAAGACCAACAAUCAAAUUUAUACACUAUUGUGUUUAAAAUUGUUGACAAAAUAAGUCAAUGAUUGAAUUAGGAGUAUUUAUAAAGCUCAACAAUUC